CCUCAACCACAAGCCACCAUAAUCCCCCAAGACAAAGAUGUCUGAUUCGUUUCCUUUGUUGUGAUAGUGAAAAUACAAAACGUACGGGUCUUAUUUUAUAUCCCCGCUUUUAAAAUAAGAAAUCAAACAGCUGCCUUCUCUCAGUAUUGACCAGCCGCAACAAUGAGUGGCGGAGUGUAUGGUGGAGAUGAAGUUGGAGCUCUCGUCUUUGACAUGGGCUCAUACUCAGUGAGAGCUGGAUAUGCAGGAGAGGACUGUCCCAAGGCUGAUUUUCCUACUGUGAUUGGUGUGACUCUGGACCGGGAGGAUGGCAGUACACCGAUGGAGACAGAUGGAGAGAAGGGAAAGAGCGGCACCACCUAUUACAUCGACACUAACCAGCUCAGGGUCCCGAGAGAAAACAUGGAGGUCAUGUCACCUCUCAAAAAUGGCAUGAUUGAGGACUGGGACAGUUUCCAAGCCAUUUUAGAUCACACCUACAAAAUGCACUUCAAAUCAGAGCCCAGUCUGCAUCCAGUCCUGAUGUCAGAGGCCUCGUGGAACACACGAGCAAAGAGAGAGAAGCUGACUGAGCUAAUGUUUGAGCAUUACAACAUUCCUGCUUUCUUCUUGUGUAAAUCGGCCGUCCUGUCUGCGUUUGCCAAUGGACGGUCCACAGGUUUAGUGCUAGAUAGUGGAGCAACACACACAACUGCUAUUCCAGUGCAUGAUGGUUAUGUCCUACAACAAGGCAUCGUAAAGUCUCCUCUUGCUGGUGACUUCAUGAGUAUGCAAUGUAGAGAGCUAUUUCAAGAGUUAGGUGUUGAAAUAGUGCCUCCGUAUGUGAUUGCAUCAAAGGAUUCAGUUCGUGAAGGAACUCCAGCCAGUUGGAAGAAGAAAGAGAAACUACCUCAAGUUAACCGUUCAUGGCAUAACUAUAUGUGUAAUACUGUCAUCCAAGAUUUCCAGGCCUCUGUGCUACAGGUGUCAGAUUCAUCCUAUGAUGAACAAGUAGCUGCCCAGAUGCCCACCGUUCAUUAUGAGCUGCCUAAUGGAUACAACUGUGAUUUCGGAGCUGAAAGACUUAAGAUCCCAGAGGGUCUUUUUGAUCCUUCAAACGCUAAGGGUCUGUCAGGGAAUACCAUGCUGGGAGUCAGCCAUGUUGUGACCACCAGCGUUGGCAUGUGUGACAUAGACAUUCGACCAGGUCUGUAUGGCAGUGUGGUAGUUACAGGAGGAAACACUCUCAUCCAAGGCUUUACAGACAGAAUUAACAGAGAACUCUCGCAGAAGACGCCACCAAGUAUGCGUUUGAAAUUGAUAGCCAACAACACAACUGUGGAGCGCAGAUUUAGCGCCUGGAUUGGGGGCUCUAUCCUCGCUUCUCUGGGAACUUUCCAGCAAAUGUGGAUUUCAAAACAGGAGUAUGAGGAAGGUGGGAAACAGUGUGUUGACAGGAAGUGCCCUUAACCAGUUCCAUCAACACCUGGUUGCCUUCAAAAGGAGAGGAAA